AUGGAUGUGACACAAGCGAAGGCGUUAGCUAUGCUAUCGUUAGGAGUCGGCAGUUUCAUUCUUGGUAUGGCUCCGGCCUACAUUUCCCAAAAUGCAAGACGUCGACAUCCUUUACUAAUAUCUUGUUUGCUUUGCUUUGGUGGAGGAGUUUUACUAUCGACCUCCUUACUCCAUAUACUACCAGAAGCUAGAGAAACGUUGCCAAAUUAUUCAGAACUAAUGCUAUGUAUUGGUUUCUUCUUGGUGUAUGUGAUUGAUGAAAUUGUUCACAUUUUUUAUGGAACGAGUGAAAGACGAAGUGGUGGAAGAUACGGUAGUGGAGAGCAUACGAGUUUGUUGGGAGGUACUGAUGGGGAACUGGGUAGAUGCUAUGGGGAUCCCCAAAAUCCUAUGAUGUGUCAUGUCAGUCAUUCAGAACCAUGUAGUAAGAGUUCAUCUGGUAUCAUUGGAUUGCUGUGUGCGCUGUUUGUGCACAGUUUGCUAGAAGGGUUGGCUAUUGGACUGCAAAAGACUGCUUCUAAGGUCCUUCUACUGCUUGCCGCGGUGGCAAGUCACAAGUACGUUGUAGCUUUCUGCCUUGGAAUUGAGUUGUGCGAGAGUACGUCUGGGCGUAUUUGUAUGCACAUAGUUUGUGUUUUACUGUUCAGUGGAGGAUCUGUUGCGGGGAUCGGGAUCGGUGGGGCAUUGAACAAUGUCGAUGUUAUAAAGAAUUCCGUUGCUAUACCUAUUAUGCAGGCUCUGGCAGCGGGUACUCUCCUUUAUGUGACGGUAAGCGAAGUGCUCCCUCGCGAGAGAGCGCGUUGGCAUGAAAGGAGGCGUGGGGCAGGACUGGCACAGUUUGUAGCCGUGGUUUUUGGAUUUGGGAUCAUGUAUUUAUUGACUAGAUAUCUGGAUCACGAUGCACCG